AUGGCACUUUUGCUCCUAAAGGCUCGUACCUUCCUCGCCGAUAUCUUCCACCUCAAUGGUGCCGCAAGAGGCGAGGAACCCACGGUCGGUAGGGUGCACGACAUAGAAGCCACAAACGAGGUCGUACCGAAUCCACAUACCGCCACUAUGUCCACCACCUGGAAUCUCCUCGCACAUAUAUACCCUUCGCACCUUCAUAUAUACCUCACGGAAACGCCUCAUUUUGCUGCCGACCCGAGCUCCUGGUACACAUACGCGUCAGGAAGGUUCAUCUCUAGAAUUCAGGACAUUCAGCGCAUGGGUGCAGGCAUCCUGAAAAUCCGCAUCGAGCUGGCGCAAACAAUUUAUCGACACACCGAGGGGUUGUUCCUCCCCUUGGAGGGGUGGGACGAGGAGCAGGAGACGGGGCGGAUGCAACGGCGGACGAGAGACGAGAUGAUAGAGGGUGUAAUGCGACGGUGGUUGCUGCCCGCCAUUAAAGCCACCGCCGUGGUGGGCCUAGCCAUUCUCGCCUUCAAGACCAUAUUUCGGGUCGGUGGGGGGCAGUGA